GCACAACCAAGACUUGUAGUAGAGCACAACCAGUACUUGUAACAGGGGCACAACCAGUACUUGUGGCGAAGGCACAACUAAGACUUGUGGUAGGAAUACAACUAGGAUUUGUAGCAAGAGCAUGA